AUGGAUGAUCCACCGGAAUCUGUUCAGAUCUUAAGGGAUAUGGGAAUUGAUUUCAAGGAUGGACUUCCACAAUGGUUGUUAAAUUUCGAAGAGAUUCUUUUACCAAUCAAGAAACUCUUGAAUUAUGCAGAGAGUGACGUUGGCUGCUUCUGCUACAUCUAUCCAAUGUUUCAAUCGACGAUUGAGCAGUUGACCGGAAUUGCAAAUCGUCCUGAAUUAUCAAGUUCGUCAAAGCGCAUUGCAGAUGCAUUAAUCGCCAACAUGAAUGAAGUUUUUGACAAACAGGGCAACUACGCUUUGAUGAAAUUUGCCUUUGGUCUAACUCCAUGGGGCCGGUCAGUCAUCCGCGCAGAAUUGAACAUGCAUACUGAGUACAAGCCAGACGUUUCACUCUUCUUCCAAGAACCAAUACCUAUCAAUGCUGAACUUGAAAUCCCUCCAAGGAGCUACACCCCUGAUCAUUUGGAUGAAGUGGCAGAGGAUCAAUUGGACAGAAAUCUAGAUAUAGAAGAGCCCGAGAUUGAGAACGAAGCAAUUGAAGGUGAUGGCCAAGUAGAUGCAGAAGACAUUGCUCAGGAUGAAGAAGUUGAAGAGAAUGAACCAAGGAGGAGACUAGGCAGGAACCUUGGUGAAUGGGCGUCUCUGUCAAUGCAAGAAGUGGAAGAGUACAGCUUCAACGAUUUUAUGAUCGAGAUGCUUUCGAGACGUGCAGAAGCAGAAGCGAGGUUCUACAAGAGAAGUUCGGCCAAGAGCAUAGCUAAUGAGUACAAGAAAGCUCUUUCCAACUUUAUACAUAUGAAUGAGAGUGAAAUCAGGAACAACACCGACCUCACCUGCUUGGAUCAAAGGUUUUGGGUAGCAUGUGAUGCAAAUUUCAAGGCAUUGAAAGAGAUUGCCUUAAAAUUCAUGUCUAUUGCUGCAACCGAAGCUGAUGUGGAAAGAAUGAUUUCAAUUGUGCGGAACCUGCGUAAUAGGUUUAAUCAAAACGCACGUGAAGAUCUAAUAAAGUGUAGAAUCCUAUUGAAGCUUUUCAUGACAAAUGAAAUCCUGAAAAAGAUAUUUCCAGAUCUGACUGAUCUUUAA